AUGGCAGACGACGACUCUUCCGACCUGUCUUCGAUUUCUUCGCUCUCGGAGCCGCCUUCUGACGAUGAAUCCGAGGUUCAAUUGGAAGAGCGUCAUGGAAUCCUGAAAUUCUUCCACAAGGUCGACAAGAACUCGGCCUUGGAGCCCAAGGAGAAAACCCCCCCGAGACCUAAGCGCGAGCCUUCGCCGCCGCACGAAUACGUUUUAGCGGACAAUUCAGACAUUGCGUUCAUCGUCAUGUUCCGCGCCCGGUUUACCGAUGCUUUCCCAAAGAGCCUAGCGAAUUUCGGCCCCCAGGAACUUGAGCGCGAUGUUGUUGAAUCGAUCCCAGGAGAGCGCGUCGAGCACUUUCUUUGCGCUCUUCUCGGCUUGCUUCUCAACCGCAAACAAGACGUCAAACCUGGUCACUAUAACCGUGCGUUAGAGGAAGCUAUUCAAACUCAUAAAGGGCAGUGGGCGAAGGAUUGGGAAAGCAAGAACCCGAUUGCGGGGCAGGCGACUUUCGCGUCCAUGACCCCAGUGCAGCGUCUCACCCUUUUACGCACCCUAGUGCAGUGGACACUUUCCUCGUCCGACGCCGUCAGAACGAUCAUUGCCCAAUCCUACAAGAACCGACACGAUGAAGAUCUCAACAUCCCGGUGAGCGUGCAGCCAUGGGGCGGUGAUGGAGACAAGAGGCGAUACUUCCUCAUCGAAGGGAACGACGACACUUCCUUCCGAGUGUACAGGGAGAGUAACCCGGCAGGAAUCAACCGAACUUGGUGGAGCGUGGCUGGUAGCAUUGAAGAUCUCCGAUCUUUAAGCGACAAGCUAGAGACCCAAGACGGUGGGCCAAAGGCCAAGGUGUUCGCCAAGCGAAUCUUGAACAGCAUCCCCCGGUUCGAGGCAACCGAAGAGAAGCGACGUCGGAGGGAGUACCGUCAAAUGCGCAAGGAGCAGUUCAGGCGCCCAGACCCUGGCUUCUCUCUCUACGAAGGUCGUACAAGGGGAAAACGGAUGAAGUACACCUAUUCCGAUGACGAAGCAGAUUUCUACUCGGAUUCAACUAAUCGCCGCUCGACCCGCAAUACCCGGCAUCACACUCCGACAGAACCUACUGGCCCCGUUACCACAGCAAGCGGUCGGCAGGUCAGGGCACCAACCCGGCUCAACGCAGAGAAUGCCAGUAACGGCGCUUUGAGCGCGUCUGCAAGCGUUCAGGGAGAUGGCGAGGACACAGAUGCGAUGCCCACCACCCGGUCGGGCCGCCCGCAAAGAUCGGCCGCGGCCAACCAGACUUCGAACGGCUGGGCUGGUAAGAAGCGGAAGAGCGAGGAGUAUGAAUCAGACGUGUCGGAUGACGAGGGCAGUGAGCCCGGUUUCGGCGAUGAUGAGGAGGAAGACCACGUCCCGGAUGAUGAGGAGGAAGAUGAUGAAGAAUUUGAACAAGAGGACCUGAUGGACGAAGACCUUGACGAAGUUCAGAACCCGAGCUUCGUCUUCAAGUUUCCUAUCAAGGUUUCGUUUGACGAGAACGAUAAGGUGCAGCCGGUCUCUGGGGCGUCCGGCGGAACCGACAAAAGCAAUCACCACAGGUCAGCGCACAGAAAUCUUGUCGUGAGUGACGACUCGGAACCCAAUACUACUGGCCCCGAUGACGUCCCCGCGUCGGAACCCGAACCACCGGCGGCCGACGUCAUUGCGGUCGCGACGAAGACUGCGACGGUGCUGGGACCCACCGUUACAACGCCUGCGCCUGAUGCCAGCAAGCCAACUGAACCAACCAGGGAGGCGGAUAUCGGUGGUCAACCCACGGCGCCUAGAUAUGAAGCUAUCAAGUCACCCCCGACGCCGACAAGCGAGAAGGCGACAUCCUUGGCUCUUAGGGGAAGCCCAGAAGUCACCAAGUCGCUCCCCCGAGUCGUCGACAUUGCCCCAUCGGAGUGA